GAUGAGGUGCGUCACUUCAGUUCACCACAAGCGGUGUUCACGGGAUCACGUGGUCAAAACAUAUACAUGUGCGUUUCGACCAUGAUUUCGACCACUGAUCAGUGAUUUCGACGUUUUUGUUUUACCGCGCGUAGUAAGUGAUGUUGUCUUCAGAACACAGUUAAAUACUACGAACUACAUGCACCAGUGCAGAGUUAUAGUUGUGAUAAAUGCGAUGUUUCGAUAAAUUCCAUCGUUUCAGCAGUAGAUCAGGACAACAUGUCUACGUUUCCCCAAACAUGCUCUGCCGACACAACCGAAGUCGACAUGAAGGACGACACAACAAGCCAGAAAAGUGACGAUCUCCGAACAAAAAUACUGGACACAGUGGCCGCAUCUGAUGGGUUUUUCAAACACCAGCAACGCGGGGAUCCUGACCUAACGUACGACGAAAAACGCAAGAUCGCGGAAGACCUGUUGGAUAGUAACGUUGUCCUGUUUUUGCAAAGAUUCGCCCGAUUUCUAUGCGAGGAACACGCAGAAUAUUUUGCGACCAUUCGAGAAGGAAACUAUGAAAUAGAGUUCUACCUGAAAGAUGUGCAAAAGAGGCGUGCGAACUCUAAGCGCUUGAGUGUGCAGACGAAGAACCGGAGAUACGAAGCCCUGCAGCGGCUAAAGAAAGACGGCGAGUACUUUAGCGACAAAGAGAUGCGUCGCAGAAACCCGUUGUUAUUUGAGCAGAUGGUGGGAAGGUAUAUGACUGAGAGGGAAAAGCAAGAACUGGACAAGAUGGAUGUUUCUACAGUGACAUUUUCAGCCCUCCUCAUGGAGCACAUGGACCGGACAGAGCUGCACAGCAUCAGACGUAGGCAACAGGAUGCUGAAGAAGCUGCAUUUGAAGAAAACGACACCGACUCUGAGGAAGAAGAGCACGAAGACUUUACUGGAGGGACGAUAUCUAGCAAUGAGAAGAACAUGCUGAAGAACGAAUUUGUCAAUAUCAUGUAUGAGUCUUUCCUGGCUGGGAAUGAUGGAGACUACGACUACGGUUCCGUUGACAACAAUGCUGAAUUUGACUCCUUGAAGACAUGCCAAGAGGAUGAAGAAGAAAAAUACUUUGACUCUGAGGAGCCUCAAACAGCAACUAUGGAAUAAAAGAAGUAAACUUGAAUAAAUGA